AUGUUUCGCCCCACCGCUCCUUUGCUUGGUUCUCGAGAGGUCGGAACGUUGGUCUGCUCAUAAGUAGGACCGUGGUCAACCUUAGUCUUUCUCCCGUACUCGUGCUUUACUGUACCGCUUGGGUUCAUUUUGCUGCUCGCGGAGCUUCGAGAACGGUCCGGUGUUUGCACUUGAACCCGGGCAAGCGAUACGGCCCCAGCCGCAGACCUGUCGCGCGGCUCUGGAACCGGGAACCCGGGAUAUGAGCUGAACCGGGGAGUUGGAGCACAGAGGUGAAGCGCCCCGUGCCGUAGUGCCUCCCGGGAGCGGUCGGGCAUGGAGGGGGAACGCGAGCCGGACGGAGGCGGAGGCGAAGGCGCGCACCCUUGGAAGGCCGCCACCGCCAGGAGGAAGGCCUGGGCGCUCAGCCGGGACUCGUGGCAGCUUUCCGAGAGCCAGGACGAGGACGCGGGGGGGCGGCCUUUCCCCGAAUCCAGGCGGGAGAAAGCCUCCCCCGCGGAGGAGCCAGAAUCGAACAAGAUCACGAGCUGGCUCAAAGAAUGCAGGACUCCUCAUGGGGCAUUUCUGGAUGAACAAGGAAACACCACAACCAGGGGAGUGCUGAAGAACGGCUGCAGCUUCGAAGAUGAUUUGUCCCUGGGAGCUGAGGCCAACCAGCUCCAGCCCAGCGGCGCCAAAGCCGAGCCGUCGUGUUUUGAGAAGAGGAGCCACUUCCAGCAACGAGGAAUGAGCGUCACCUCCUCUGGCUCUGGCAGAAGCAAUACCACGGUGUCCAGUGUCUCGGAGUUGCUGGACUUGUAUGAGGAGGACCCCGAGGAGACCCUCUACAACCUGGGCUUCGGCACCGAGGAGCCAGACAUCGCCUCCAAAAUCCCUUCUCGCUUCUUCGGCUCUUCAUCCUCGGCCAAAGGGAUCGACAUCAAGGUCUACUUGAGCGCCCAGCUGCAGCGCAUGGAGCUCGAGAACCCGAGCUGUGCCCUGACAAGUCGCUUCCGGCAGAUCAAGGUGCUCACCACCGUGGCCAACGCUUUCUCCUCGCUCUACUCGCAAGUGUCAGGCCAGCCGGUCCAGAUGAUCGGAGAGUCCGAGCCCAGCGAGGAGCCCCCGCCGCUGAAGAAGACCAACUCUGCAAGGAAUGUGGCGAAGAUCCUGAAGAAGACCCUCACCAGGCACAACCUCCAGGCAGCUGGGAAUGGAGUCGGAACCCCAAACGCUUCCGCCGUGUCCUCGGACCCCGGCGCGGCCACCGGUUCCGAUUCGGGGUCGAAGGGCCACGCCGGGGACUCGCAGGAGCUCAAGAAUGAGCAGAAACAACCUAAACUACUGCGGAAGAAGGAGAGCUGUCUGGCGACCGUCACCGAGGAAGCCCACCUUUCCGAGCCCGUGGGAUCGGGGCCACCUGGGAAGGAGGGCGCCGCCGAUCAGGUCAACGGAGGUUUGGAUCACGAGGAAGUCGGACCAUGCGCUCCGUCCGAAGGUCCCGGCGCUUCGGGGGAAGACGCCCUCAGCGCAGAUGAGCACAGAGCAGCUGCGGUGCCCAACGCGGACAAGGACUUCUUGGCCCAGCGACCCAACCCUCGUAUCGCCCUCCUCCUCACGCAGACCAAGGACUCCUUCGAGAUGGAGGAGGUACAAAGUAUCGAAGGAGAAGCCCCUCUCGGGACCCACGGAGCCGGAAGUGAACACCUGCUGAGGAUGGCCAGCCAGCAGUCGGACAGCAGCGGCUUCGCCGAGGACCCCUCCGCGGACAGCUGCGCCGCCUCUCUCAAGGUUCAGGAGAGCUCGGACAGCUGUGACAGCGAGCACACCAUCACAUCCCCUACCUGCGACCUGAACGUCCUGCUGGACCACCCGGCCUUCGAAAGGCUGCUGGGUUCCAAGGAGGUCCUGCUCGCCGAUGUUCCGAGAGUCGUGGACUCCGUCGACGCGGACGCCUUGAGCGAGGACCGCAUCGAAGCCCAAAGCAGCACGGAGGGACCCGGUUGCGUGCUCCAACCCCUGUCCAAAUCUGGGGACGAAGGCUCCGUUGAGACUUUUUCCGAGUCCGGCCCCACCUCGGAGUCCGGUGUCCCCGCUGAGCUUCGUUCUCCUUCGUCUGCCGAGCACGACUCCGUCAAGGAACCCGGUCGCACGACAGAUUCCCCCGAUGGCCCCCACUCCUGCGACAGGGUGAGGGGGGCUCUGCUGGGGGUCCAGCAGAAGGCCUCCUCUCUGUGCGAGGAACAGGAUGCUCUCGUGUCGAGGGAGAGCUUGAGCUGUCGACAGCGGUUCUCCCUGAGGAGGUCCAGCUCCCUGCCCUCCACCUUGCUGAGCCCCUGCCGCGUCGUAUCCUCCGUCAAGAUACAGAUCUGCCCCGGCGCCGUCCGACAGUGCUCGCCACCUACCUUCACCUACAGCUACACCCCCGAGCAGGAAGACGAGACGGAGUCCGCCGCGGAAGAGUGCGAGGAUGAGGAGAGACACCAAGUGAGGUCCUCCAGCCCCGCCGUGAAGCAUGCUUCUCUGGAGAUGCCCUUGCCCCGCAUGCCCCAGCAGGCAGAGGAACAGCCCGACAGGGCGGCCCCCUACCCGUUACCCGUGCCCCCGUACUUGUCGGGCUCCUCCUGUUCCCUGCACAGCGCCCCGGGUGACUGGCCCGAGCGCCCACUGGGGGAGCACUCCCGAUCCUGGAGCACCUACAGUGUGCCCAACCUUCACCGCCUCGGUGCCCCCUGCGGCUUCCACAACGCCCCCUGCGGCGUGCCCACUCUGCACCGCCUGGGCGGCCCCCGUGGCCUUCACGGCGCCCCCUGGAGCACACCCAGCAACGCACCGUUCGGCAGCCCCCACAGCGCUUCUUGCCACAACCUCCACAGCGCCCCCUGUAGCCUGUCCUGCAACUGCCCCCACGGUGCCAUCAAUACCAGCUCUCACAGCUCCCCCUACAGGUCACCGUAUGGUGUCCCGCCCAUCGCCCCUUAUCACCAUCUCCAUGGCUCCCCCUGUAGCCCAGCGUUCAGUGACCCUCUUUCCAUACCGUACUCUGCCCACCCAUACCCGUACCCAUACCCCUACCCCAGCAGCCCCCUGCCCACCCCCCCUAGGUCAGCCCAUUCGGUCUCCAGCACGGAGAUGCAGCUGAGACGAGUUCUGCAUGACAUCAGGAACACGGUGCAAAAUCUGGCCCAGUGCUCGUCCCUCGCCUCCGACGGCUUCUCCUCCCCCGCCUUCAACCAGCAGGGCCCCGUGCUGUCGCUCUACGAGAGCACCUUCCAGGAGCUGCAGGACGUGCAGAGGAGCCUGAACCUGUUCCGCACACAGAUGAUGGACCUGGAGUUGGCUCUGGUGCGGCAGCAGUCCACGCUCUACCAGAACCUGAGCGACGGCGAGAGGCAGGAGGCCCAGGUGCUGCAGCAGCUGCGCAGCGCGGUCAGACAGGAGCUGCAGGAGCUGGAGCUGCAGCUGGAGGAUCGCCUGCUUUCCUUAGAGGAGCAGCUGCGCUCCUCCCGCAGCGCGAGCGCCUACCGCCACCACGCGGGUCUGCACAGAGCGAGAAGCUCAGACAGCCUGUCCAGCGCGUCGUCUCUGAGCGCAGCCGAGCCGGCGUUGGAGAUCCUGAGGGAACACGCCGGCCACGAGGGCCGACCCAGCGCCGCCUGCUCCACGGCCUCGGGCUUUUCCUCCCGAUCCGGCAGCCCCGCGAGGGCCCUCCGUAGUCGAGGCGCCGCCCGGGAGCGCGGGUCCCAUACCCCCGAGAGGUACGGCUCAUCCAAGGCGGGGGUGUACCGGGCAUCCGUCAGCCUCACUCCCACCCCUCCGCCUCGGCCGGGCGUGGCCCCGGUCUCCGCCGGCGUCCAGCCCCCUCCCCGCGAGGAAGCGGACCCCGGGGAGCAAGGAGCGAGGGGACGCGCGGUCAGUCCGCACCUGCGGCAGCUCAUCGAGCAGGUGAAGGAGAGCAUCGCCGACGAGGUGCGGCAGGAGAUUCUCGGCGAGAUUCUGGCCGCCGUGGCGCCGUGCAGAUCAGCCGCGUCGGCGAGAGAGCCCGUCGCGUGAGCACGCUCAAGAGGACCAACACUGCAGAGCAGCAUCACUCUGAACACUUGGAACGGAGCGCUGACGACACACUCCGAAAACACACUAAUGCUACUGUGUGCCGUGCUACUCACAAUAACCCCAUGGCAGCAUCCCUCAGGGACGCCGCACGUGCGAGUGUGUGCGUGCGUGUGUCCCUCACUCUGAACACUAACCCGUGUCUCACUACGCUGGUGUGCGGUCCGGUGCUUGUACUGCAGCAGGUGGUGCGGGUGGAAAGGAGCGAAUGUCGGCGAGGAGCGGGGCCCCGAUCCGGGAAGGCCUUGAGGACAAAGGGGAGAGCGCCCCCCCGUGGUGACUACUGUAACUGCUCCGCCUUCUAAUGCAACCUCAGUGAGGAAGUAGCUGUGCAAUACUUGCUGCUCAACUUGAACUGUAAGAAAAAAAAUAAUCUGCUGUUCUCAA